AUGGUUGUUCUAUCUGAACUUUUAGAAGGAUCUUCAUCUUCUUCAUCAACUCAUGGCCAUAAUCCAUCAACUUCUGGUCAUAGUUCAUCAACUCAUGCUCAUAGAUAUGAUGUAUUUUUAAGUUUUAGAGGUCUCGAUACUCGUCAUAGUUUCACUAAUCACCUUUAUAAAGCCCUCAUUGACGCCAAUAUCAUUACCUUCUUGGAUGAUGAAGAGAUUGAAACAGGGGAAGCUCUAAAACCGGAAUUGGAGAGUGCAAUUAAGGCAUCUCGGGCUUCUAUUAUCAUAUUGUCUAAGAAUUACGCUACUUCAACGUGGUGCUUGGAUGAAUUGGUGUUAAUCCUUGAGCAGCGUAUGAUAUCGGACCACAUUGUCAUCCCAAUCUUUUAUCAUGUGGAGCCCAACCAUGUUAGGGAGCAACAAAGUAGCUUUGGGGAUGCAUUGUUUAAGCAUAAUCAGACAAUGGAUGAAGAGAUGGAUGAAAAUAAAAGAAGACAAUGGGCUCAAAAAAUAGAUCGAUGGAAUAAAGCACUUACGGAAGUUGCUAAUUUAAAAGGAAAUGACGUAAAUGGCAGGUUGGAGACACAGUUUAUUGAAGAAAUUGUGAAAGACAUCUACCGUAGAUUGUAUGUAACCUUACAGAGUGUUCGACCAUUACUUAUUGGGAUGGACGAUUCCAUUAACUUCAUCACAUCAUGGUUGAAAGAUGGAUCUUCACAUACGGUAGACAUACUCACUAUUUCAGGUAUAGGCGGUAUUGGGAAGACAUGUUUAGCCAAACAUGUCUAUGGCUUAUAUUGGUGUGAAUUCCACAGAAGCAGCUAUAUUGAAAAUAUCACUAGGAAAUGUGAUGGAAAGUUUAAUGGUUUGCUUGAUUUACAAGAACAACUCUACUAUGACAUUUCAAAAACAAGGUCAAUCAGAGUUGAUGAUGUUUCAAUAUAUACCUCAAAGAUAGAGAAUUCACUAGCCAGUAAAAAGGUGUUUAUAGUUCUUGAUGAUAUCAAUAAUCUUGUUCACUUGGAUGCAUUACUUGGAAGCAAAGGUUUUCAUCCUGGAAGCAAAGUUAUAAUAACAACAAAGGAUAGAUGGUUGACAGAGAGUUGUGCACUACUUAAAACAAACAUCAAACCCAAGCAUCUAAAAUACUUCCUUGAAGGCUUACAUGAGACUAAAUCACGACAACUUUUGUGUUACCAUGCAUUCAUGUGCAACUAUCCCAAGGCAGGUUAUGAAGAGGUGUUAGAUAAGCUUGUGAAGUAUUGUCAAGGACAUCCGUUGGCUCUCGAAAUUUUAGGCAAGUCUCUGCAUAAUCGGGAUGUAGUGUACUGGGAAGGUUUCAUGGAAGGACUAAAGAAAGAAAUUAAUUCCCCUAUAAAUAAUGUCUUGAGAAUGAGUUUUGAGUCUUUACCAUCUAACAACGAUAAGGACUUGUUUAAGCAUAUUGCUUGUUUUUUUGUUGGAAUAGAUAGAGAAGUUAGCGAAACAAUAUUAGAGGCUUGUUAUAUAAACACAAGAUCCGGAAUCACGAAUCUCCUUGACAGAUGUCUUCUUAGUAUUGGAUGGAAUAAUGAAUUGAUGAUGCAUCAGUUGGUUCAAGAGAUGGGAAGAUUUGAAGUAAGUCAAGAAUCACUUAACAAGCCAUGGAAAAGAAGUCGAUUGUGGUGUCAUAAAGAGUCAUUUAGAGUAUUGAAACAUAAAAAGGGUAAGGGAAAUCUUAUAGGCCUUUCCCUUGACAUGCGCAUGCUUGAGAAAGAGAAGUUGGGAGGAUCAUUUGAGCUGAAAACAGAUGCAUUGAGUAACAUGGAUAGUCUUAUGCUACUACAACUUAAUUAUGUUCACAUGCAUGGGUCUUAUGAAAACUUUCCGGAAGAAAUAAGAUGGUUGUGUAUGCAUGGGUUUCCUUUAAAGUCUAUACCUUUAGACUUACCUAUAGAUAAUCUUGUUGCUCUUGACAUGUCAUAUAGCAAUAUUGAAUCAUUUGUCGGUUGGUAUAGUAAUCCACAAAGACUUGAGAAGAGGCAAAAGGUGGAUGGAUCGUGCUUAAAAGAGAAAAGGUUGUUUGGUUCACUAAAGAUUCUAAAUUUAAGUUUCUGUGAACAACUUCAUAGUAUUGGUGGCUUUGACCAACUCCCUAUGCUUGAAAGGUUAAUACUUAGAAAUUGCAUCGGGUUGUGUUAUGUUUGUGAAUCAAUUGGGCAAGGUGUUGAACUUGUCCUCAUCGAUCUGAGCUAUUGCACGAAGCUUGAGAAACUUCCAAGAAGUAUAUGCAUCUUAAAGAAGGUUAAAACAGUGUUGUUAGAUGGUUGUAAUCUUGGUGAAUCUCAAAUCAAGAAUAUGGAAUUGGAUUCAUUGGAAAUGUGCACGGUUAACACCAUUGGCAUAAACAGAAGAACCUCUUUCUCUGCAUUUGUGGGUGGUAUACCAAGUGAUUUGAAGUCAUUUUCAAUGUCUUUACCAAGAUCUUUAGUAAGGUUGUCACUUGCAAAUAAUAAUUUGUCCCAUGAAACCUUUCCCAUGGACUUUAGUUGCCUAUCCAUGUUAAAGCAUUUAUAUUUAGAUGAAAACCCUAUCAGUUCCAUGCCCAAUUGUGUGAGAACCCUUCCAGGACUUGAGAUACUUACCAUGGGUAAGUGUAAAAAGUUGAAAUCAAUCGAGUAUCCUCCGCGUACGCUAACAGAGUUAUUUAUUAAUCCUUUUGGUAUGGAUUAUAUAGAAAAAGUUGUAUUUGAUCCAGAUAUGUCCCCACUCCAGUUAUCAAUAAACUGGUCAGAUUACGCAUCUUGGAUAGAUUGCAUACCUUGGUUAUAUGAAAUUCAAGGCAUGGUCAAAAUCCAACCAAUGGUGACUCUCGAGGAAAAGGUAUUACAUAGCUUGGGCUGGACAAAUUUUGACUUCCAUAACUACAGGCGUGCGGGAAGUAAUUCUUCAUUAGAACAUGGAAUUCAGUUGUUUUAUGAAUUUGGAAUAUUCAGCACAAAGUACGAGGAAGAGGAGAUGCCGACUUGGUUUACAAAUAGAAGCGUUGGGCCCAUCAAUAUCAUUUACCAUCCCAUCAUCAUCUCCAAACAAUCUUAG